AGCCAUAAUCACUUGUUGUCAUCGAACUGGAGCAUCGAUUUGGCUGUCCAUACACUGCAAGAAGUGAAAAUGAAUUACAAUGAGCUCAGUGAGAUUCCGUAUUUUGGAGAGACAACGUCUAAUAUCACUCUUCUGUCAUUGGUGCACAAUACCAUUCCAGAAAUAAAUGCUGAGCAGCUCCAAGUUUACCUUUCACUGGAAAAUCUAGAUCUUAGUUCUAAUCUUAUCUCGGAGAUUAAAGCUUCUUCUUUUCCACGGAUGCAACUGAAAUACCUGAACCUGAGUAACAACCGAAUAACGACUCUAGAAGCUGGCUGUCUUGAUAACUUGUCGAGCUCCCUGAUGGUGGUGAAGCUCAACAGAAACAGGAUUAGUGUGAUUCCCCCGAAGAUCUUCAAACUGCCUCACGUGCAGUUUCUGGAACUGAAAAGGAACCGGAUUAAAACAGUGGAGAGUCUGACAUUCCAAGGACUGGAAUCCUUAAAAUCCUUAAAAAUGCAGCGCAAUGGGAUUAGCAGACUGAUGGACGGAGCAUUCUUUGGCCUGGGUAAUAUAGAGGAACUAGAGCUGGAACAUAACAACUUAACAGAAGUAAACAAGGGCUGGCUGUACGGCCUGCGGACGUUGCAACAGCUCUAUGUCAGCCAGAAUGCCAUUAACAGGAUCAGCCCAGAUGCGUGGGAGUUCUGCCAAAGACUUUCGGAGCUGGACCUGUCGUACAACCAGCUCACUCGCCUGAAGGAGUCUGCCUUUGUGGGACUUGGUUUGCUGGAGAAACUCAACCUGGGUGACAAUCGCAUUAGUCACAUCGCUGAUGGUGUGUUCAGAGGUCUGACAAAUCUUCGAACCUUGGACUUGCGGAACAAUGAGAUCUCCUGGGCCAUAGAAGAUGCCAACGAAGCGUUCAUGGGUCUCGGCAGGCUGGAUAAACUAAUCUUGCAAGGAAACCAGAUUAAAUCAAUUACCAAAAGGGCGUUCUCUGGCCUGGAAGGACUUGAACAUCUAGAUUUAAGCAACAACGCAGUAAUGUCCAUCCAAGAAAAUGCGUUUGCCCAGGCUCACCUGAAGGAGCUAAUUCUGAACACAAGCAGCUUGCUUUGUGACUGCCAGCUGAAAUGGUUGCCGCCGUGGCUCUCAGACAGCCGCUUGCAGCGGGCCGUGAACGUGAGCUGUGCUCAUCCCGAGUGGCUAGCGGGACAAAGCCUUCUCAGCGUGGACCCCGAUGACUUCGUCUGCGAUAACUUCCCUAAACCGCAGAUAAGAGUGCAUCCCGAGACCACCGUUGCUCUGCGAGGCAUGAACGUGACUCUGAGCUGCACCGCCGUCAGCAGCAGCGACUCCCCCAUGUCCACGGCCUGGCGGAAGGACAGCGAAGUGUUGUACGAUGCCGAGGUGGAGAAUUUUGCCAGGUACCAGCAGCAAAGCGGCGAGGUGGUGGAAUACACCACUGUCCUGCACCUUUUCAGUGUGAAUUUCACGGACGAAGGGAAGUAUCAAUGCAUCAUCACCAAUCACUUCGGCUCCAAUUACUCCAACAAAGCCAAGCUGACUGUCAACGAGCUGCCUUCUUUCCUGAAAACCCCCAUGGAUCUUACUAUCCGCACCGGGGCGAUGGCCCGGCUGGAGUGUGCCGCCGAGGGCCACCCUUCUCCGCAGAUCUCCUGGCAGAAGGAUGGUGGCACGGACUUCCCUGCUGCGAGAGAGAGGAGGAUGCACGUCAUGCCUGAGGACGAUGUGUUCUUCAUCGCGAAUGUGAAGAUCGAGGACAUGGGCAUCUACAGCUGUAUGGCUCAGAAUGCCGCCGGUGGGCUGUCGGCAAACGCCACGCUGACCGUGCUAGAAACUCCUUCCUUCGUGAGGCCCCUGGAAGACAGGACGGUGACGCGGGGGGAAACCGCCGUCCUGCAGUGCAUAGCCGGCGGCAGCCCUGCCCCUCGCCUCAACUGGACCAAAGAUGACGGCCCUCUCACCGUCACCGAGCGACACUUCUUUGCGGCGGCAAAUCAACUCCUUAUCAUUGUGGAUGCCGGGCUGGAGGACGCUGGGAAGUACACGUGCAUUAUGUCCAACACGCUGGGCACCGAGCGCGGCCAUAUUUACCUACAUGUCCUGGCUUCCCCAAACUGCGAUUCGUCCCAGAGCGGCAUCGUCCACGAGGAGGACGGCUGGACCACAGUUGGCAUCGUGAUUAUUGUCGUGGUCUGCUGCGUUGUGGGAACUUCCCUGGUGUGGGUUAUCGUCAUCUACCACAUGAGGAGGAGGAGUGAAGAUUACAGCAUCACUAACACAGAGGAGAUGAACCUGCCUGCAGACAUUCCCAGCUACCUGUCCUCCCAGGGAACUCUGUCGGAGCCUCAGGAAGGCUACAGUAACUCAGAGGCAGGAAGCCACCAGCAGCUUAUGCCUCCGGCCAGCAGCUACGUGCACAAAGGCGCAGAGGGUGGCGUGGCGCCGUUGGUGAUCUGCUCAGACUGCUACGACAACGCGAACAUCUACUCCAGGACGCGAGAGUACUGUCCCUACGCCUACAUCGCAGAAGAGGACCCCUUGGAUCAAGCUCUCCCUAAUCUCAUGGUGCAGAUGCCCAAGGAGCCGUACGCAGCACGCACCCAGCACGAAACCAGCGCUCUCGAUAAUCUCUUGGCAGACAGAGACGUGUCUGUCUUGCUUACCAGCCACGAUAAAAUAAGUGAAAAGAAAAUCUCCUCCCAGCAGAUUAAUGAACCCUUUCAGCUCCCUCUGUGGGGAGUGAACAAAGACCUGGCGCGCUCUCACCCGCACUUUCUGCAUCAGCAGCCGCCCCGGGAGGCCCCUCGAGCUCCGCGGGGCGAGGGCGUCACUGACUGUGACCGGGAGCGAGCCGCUUCGCCCAGACCCUGCCACCAGUUACGUGAGCAGAGCUUUGACUUUAGCAGGACACGGACCAUGCACGACCACAGUGAAACCACGUAA